GCAGGAUAUAUAUUAAUAAUCAUGUACGGGCGUAAUUCAAAUAAUGAGUAUUCAGCCAGCCAGCUGAUGGGCACAUGUUGCGAUUCUUUACCUUUUCGCUCAAGGUUUAGACAAGCUAAGUCCACUAGUGUACGGAGACACCAGAUUGCACACACACUGUAUUAGUGUGAGAUGGUCAGUCGCUGCACAUUUGAUGAUGUGCAAUAUCAAAGGUCAGUCAUCGGUAGCAUCAUCCAACGAGAUCAGACUAGGAUCUCACGCUAUCUUUGUCAAUUGCGUCCUCGCCACAAGCCCACUAUUUUCAGUGCCAGUGAAAGGUAAAGACUCUUUGACUAUAGUGGUAAUUAUUAGCUUGGCGCAUCAGACACCUACCCAUCGACAUCCAGUGUAGCGCAACCUAAGCACGAGAGCCGCAACAAACGCAUCAGCGGCUCUAUUUGCCUGGAAGUACAUUCCAUAGGGGCACGUGAAAGUCUCGAAACUUCCGUUCACG